AACGUAGUCGAUGCCAAUUCCGCCGUCUGAGCGCACGUGGCAGCAGGUGACGAUGGAUUUCGUCACGGGAUUUCCUGCCAAGGACGGCUGUAAUGACGCGAUAUUUGUCGUCGUUGAUAAGCUGACAAAGAUGGCCCACUUCGCCGCCUGCAAGAAAAGCAUCUCAGCCAAAGAAACAGGUCGCCUCUUCAUCUCAACCGUCGUUCGCCUCUACGGAAUCCCACUUCCCAUCAUCUCAUAUCGUGACACAAAAUUUACCAGUAACUUUUGGCGCAACCUUUGGGGGAACAGUUUGGCACGUGCAUGCAAUUCUCCUCCGCCUACCACCUUGAGAAUGACGGACAGAUCGAACGGGCCAAUCAGACAAUAGAGCAGCUGAUUCGCGCCACCU